AUUGAUGUGGUGUCCUGAAGCAGCGCGGACCUCCCCCACCGGGAGUUGGCCUCCCCUGCCGGAACUCGUGUUGGCAGCACUCUCGCUCUCUCGCUCUGGGAGUCCCCACCUGCUGGCCGCGGUAUAUUUACCGCACAACAGUCUCUUGUAAGACGUGGUAGUGUUGCAUACUGUUCACCUGUGGCGCAGUGACUACAAUUCUUCGUUUUGACAGUAAGAAAAGUUUCGUGGAUUCACAGACAAUGAGAUCCGUAUACUGGGACAUGUAACCCUAGUGAUCCCGCGGCUAUACUAGCCACAACGCAGUAAAUGAACAAGAAAUUAGGUUGUCGUGCCGCUUAUCAAGGCGGCAAGUCGUGCCAAGUGGCGUUUCGUGCAUUGUGCCUCUGGGAGUAAUAGGAUAUUCCCGUGAAAAAAAAAGUUCCUGAAAUGCCGUAUAAUAAGUUUUGAUGAAUUUAUGGUAAAAAGUAAUAUUGAGACAUUAGAAAAAUAAUGGCUUUGAUAAACAUGCAUCUUCCUCGACUGCCUUUGGCACUUGCGAGGCACCAGGAGGCCACUCCGUUGACCCCUAAGUCAAUAGGCCCUCCACCCGUUGUGUUAUCGAAAGUAAUUUCCCUCAAGGAGAUGUGCAGCAAAUUUUGGUUGGAGCGUGUGCAGUACGUGCUGCGUCGCAACAUACCCAAGUGGCAAGCGUUUACUGUGCAGCGGUUCCUAAAGGAUCUCCCUCGCAACCUUCGCGCCAUGAUGGUGCACAACGCCCUUAAGGCCGGUGGGCUGCACCUGAGGCACGGCAGCAGGGAAUUGGCUGCAAUCAACAGAGCUCUGGUCCUCCUCAGCUCUGACAUGCAGGUGGUGGAACCAGUGUAUGUCACACUGCCUCGCCCAGGCCCCGAGGGUGCUGACUGGCCCCUUGACAUUGAUUUGAUUCUUCGUAACGGCGAGGGUCUGACCCAUCUAGUAUUGACGAUGCCGCCGCUUAUGACAGAUGCCGUGAAACGAGUGUUCAGUGACCUCUGCCGCACUUGUAAAAAGCUCAGUCGCGUGCGUCUCAUUGAUGCCUCCGAUGACGCCCUCACGCUGCUCACGCGGUACUGCCGCCUCAUCACUCAUCUCGACGUGUCUGGGUCUGCCGGCGUCACUGACGAGGGCAUUAAUAGAAUUAUUGUAAAUCUGUUAUGGGGAGGAGGAGAAGAGCCCAUGAGGCUCCGCCACAUGGACGUGGGAGGCACCAGCGUGACACAAGAAGGCGUUGCUAUUCUUCUGUCCCGCUUAACGGAGCUAACCAGUCUCGGUUCAGCCGACGUCAUAGAAGCUCUAAAAAUAAUGGAUGAACUAAGUGAUGGAAGUUCUGUGACGAUCCUGGAGGAGGUGAACGUGCGAUGUGUUACAAUCAACAAUCUGCGGCUGCUGCGGCGAAUGUGUCCCGCAAUAAAAAAUGUAAAUGCCAUUAUCAACUAUGCUGGAGUCACCGUGAAUGACCUGCGGCUGCUCCCUGAACUUCAACAUCUAAAACUUUCUGUUCAGGAACCGUACCUGUUGUCUCCCACGGCGCUGUACGAGUUCGCUUGGUCGGUGGGCACCCGACUAGUGACUCUGCGGCUGGAAGGAGACGUGUACUGGGAGGCCGACAUUGGUGUUUUGGCCGGGAACUGUCCACAUCUAGAGGAGCUGGCGCUGCCUGCUGUGACAGUACCCACACGAGAGUCACUAACGGAGCUUUCCAACAAGGACAGCAUAGCCUUAGCUCGGCUCAAGGUGCUGGAGCUAGAUUGUAUGACGGGUGUGGGUCCUAAGGCAUGGGCCAAGGACUUCACACUGAUGCGACGCGGUUUGACGGCCGCCCUCAGUAGGUGCCGUCAGCUACGCCGCCUCAUCUGCCGCCCGACCAAUCUGGUGGAGACGGAUCUUUUGGAAAUACUGUCCGUUAAUAGGAUGAUGCACCUGGAGGUGCUGGAGCUCUACAACUGCGUGCUGGGCUUGUCCUCUGCUCGGUUGCUUGUGGACACCUGUGAAAACCUACACGUUAUGAAGGGUCUUCGUACCUGGCGGGGUCUCACACUGCAGGACCUAGUGCUGCUGCGGCGACACACGCGGGGCCACCGACGCACCGCUGAACUGAAGAUUCUACCCUGAUGCGGCACCAGAGGCAGGACUUGAAGGAAAGGGAUAGGAUAGGAGAUGCAAAACCAUGGAAAAGAUUAGAAUGUUACGAUAGGUGAGGAGGAAAAGAAGAGUUCAGUGAAAGGACACAAAACUAAAAAUGGACGACUACAAGGAAACAAAUACGUUCAGAUGGAUGGAGAUGGAGAGAAGACACACGGGACACGGGUGAAAAUUUGGAAAAAAGAAUCAAAGAAAACACAAGGAGUGAACAUAAAAUAUUGAAAAUAAUAAUAGAAAAGCGGCAAGAAGUAAAUGAAAAUAAAAUAUUAGAUAGAAAAUUAAAGCUUGGGAAGAAAGAUAAAGCGAUGGUUAGAGAACUGAAAAAAAAAGCGUAUAACUAAAUAACGUGUAAUUGAAUGAUGCGAAAGUUCAAUGUUUAUGUUUUCCUAAAUGUCGUUCUAUUUUGGAAGAAAUAAGCUGAGAAGCAAGGAAGGAGGAAACCCGAACGAAAAAAAGAAAAGAAAAAACAAGGUACAAGGAAACACGAACGAAAAAAAAGCAAGGUACAAGAAACACGAACGAAGUGGACAUUUCAUUCUUUUAUACAAAGGUUAAGUUAAUAAAAAUCCAAGGGUACAAGUGUGUCGAGUGUCAUGAAUUUUGACGAAUGGGAAAAUUAUUCAUUUGCAAAAUUGGUGUAAUGGCAAAAGAUUAACUCGCACAUUUGGAUCAGUACCAUUAUUCUCAUAUCUUUAUGAUUGUUAUAUAUUAACAUGAUUAUCAUCGAUCACCAUUAUCCCCAUUAUUACUUUUCCUAUUAGCAGGCUAUCAUUGUCAUUCUUAUUGGUAGAAACAGUGACGUCCUUGUCUGCAAUAAUUUCCCUCGUUUCAAUCUAUAUAAAUCUUUAAACGUAAGAAAUAUGCUUCAUCAAGGGACAGUCGGUACCGCGCUUACAAACAUUACUGGGCCGGGAUUCACUAUAGAGUUACGUAUUUAGUAAGUCCCUUAAGUAGUCCGCAUCUAUGCUAAUAGCUAUUAACUAAAUAGUUACGGACUUCGUACGUACCUCAAAAGAUAAAUACUCUCUCGAGAUCCCGUAAGGUUUCGUAACGUGGACUUCUGAGCACCUUUUCUCCACUACACAAUCCCCGAGGUGAACAUUGAUGAAGCCAGGGGUUAGAAGAAGGAAAAGUAUAUUGAAAUAAACAACAAGUGACAUUAGCACAUAACAGUGGCUUGAGAAGCGAUGGAAAACUCUCUACUCUAUAUAUGAAAAUACAAGUGUAUUGACACAUGCAUGAUAGUGGCCUGAAAUGGAAAGGAGAGAGAAAUAUGUACGGUAAUUAGAAGUGAUAUUAUCAUAUGACUGGCCUGAGGAGGUAAGGUACUGAAAUAUAUGUAAUAGAACAGUGUAUAUAUGAAAAUACAAGUGUAUUGACACAUGCAUGAUAGUGGCCUGAAAUGGAAAGGAGAGAGAAAUAUGUACGGUAAUUAGAAGUGACAUUAUCAUAUGACUGGCCUGAGGAGGUAAGGUACUGAAAUAUAUGUAAUAGUACAGUGUAUCUAGAAAGAAGAGUGCUAAUACUUUUUUGGUGACUUUUGGGUGAUCUGGGAGGUGUGAGUGCCUAGCAGUGAAGUACAGUGCUGAAUAAUGACGAGAGAGAGAGAGAGAGAGAGAGAGAGAGAGAGAGAGAGAGAGAGAGAGAGAGAGAGAGAGAGAGAGAGAGAGAGAGAGAGAGAGAGAGAGAGAGAGAGAGAGAGAGAGAGAGAGAGAGAGAGAGAGAGAGAGAGAGAGAGAGAGAGAGAGAGAGAGAGUAUACCUGACAUUGACAGUGCAAUGUUAGAAUGGCCUUUAAUUCGUUUGUAUACUUAUAAUAAUGUUUGGCAGUGACUGAUCCCCAUCUUUUAAACUCAUCAACGUUAAUGAAGUAAUAAACAUAUGUUUCGUAACUUGUAAAUCAUGCUUACCAUCAUUAAUAAUGUUGAUACACGCACAUAUAAUAGACCGCUUUGGUACACACGGUAGUCUGAGUUGGUAUAGGUGCGCCAAGUUGACAAUGAGCCGAGUUGGCAAUGGGCUGAGUUGCCCUGUAACCCUCUUUUGGGCUCCACUGACACUGCUGUCUCUUGUAUCAUAUGAUUAUGAAGCAUUAUUUGUAUGUAAUAGCUAUUGAUUGGUUAAUGUCCCUCGAGGAAAAGCGCUGCUAUUAGCUGAAGGAAAAAUGUCAACCAUGCACUAAUGUCAUCUAGCAGGGACUGCCACCAUCAAAGUGAAACAGAGCUGAAAAGAAAGUAUCCUUAGGAACCUUUACUGAAUCGCUUUAGGGCAGCUGUGGGCAAAUUACGGCCCACUGGCCGCAGGCAACCCGCCAAAGGAGGCCCGACAGAUUUUAGUAAACUUGAAAGAGCAAGUUAAUAAACAACGCCAAAUAGAA